CUCACCUCUUUGCUGAAAGAAUGAAGAAUUUCUCAUUUAAAUAUCCCUUUCCAAACUUCCCGAAUUUUUCUUUCCAUAGUAUAUAGACCACUUCUUAGAGGUCUGUCUGUUUGGAAGUCAGAGGGACAGGCAACAAGGCAAGGAAAAGCAUCAGGAAAGCCUGGUAAGGUCUAUGUUGCUGCUUACAUACCUUGAAACCAUGUGGUUGACAUAUGUGGUAGCUUUUUGCCUGGUGUUCGCCACCAUCACUAAUGGAGACAAGCAGCUUUUGGCAGACAAGAGUACCAGCUUGGCCCUAAACCUCUACCACAACAUGGUCAAGGAGAAGAACCAGGGGAAUAUUCUCAUCUCCCCAGUGGUGGUGGCCUCCUCUCUGGGCUUGGUGGCCCUUGGGGGGAAGGCGUCCACUGCCUCACAGGUUAAAACAGUCCUCAGUGCUGACAAGGUGAAGGACGCGCAACUGCACGCCAGCCUGGCUGAACUCCUGACAGAGGUCAGCAACUCCACAGCCCGCAAUGUCACCUGGAAGAUCAGCACCCAUCUGUAUGGCCCCAGUUCUGUCAAAUUUGCAGACAAUUUCAUCAAGAGCAGCAAGAAGCACUACAACUGCGAGCACUCCAAGAUCAACUUUCGGGAUAAACGCAGUGCCAUCAAGUCCAUCAAUGAGUGGGCAUCCAAGUCAACUGACGGCAAAGUGCCCGAGGUCACUAAGGACAUGGACAAGACUGAUGGAGCCACGAUUGUCAAUGCUAUGUUUUUUAAACCUCACUGGGAUGAGCAGUUUCAUCACAAGCUGGUGGACGACCGUGUCUUCCUCGUUUCUCCCUCCUUCACAGUCAACAUUCCCAUGAUGCACCGCACAGGUAUCUACAGCUUUCAUGAGGACACUAAGAACAGCCUGUAUCUGUUGAGCAUGCCUCUGGCCCACAAGAUGUCCAGCAUGAUCUUCAUCAUGCCCUACCAUGUGGAGCCUUUGGAUAGGCUGGAGAAACUGUUGACCCAAGAGCAGCUGGACACCUGGCUGGGCAGCCUGGAGGAAAAGGCUGUGGCCAUCUCCCUGCCCAAAGUCAGCAUGGAAGUCAGCCACAAUCUGCAGAAACACCUUGGGGAGCUGGGCCUGACUGAAGCUGUGGACAAAACCAAAGCUGACCUGUCCAACAUCUCAGGCAAAAAGGGCCUGUACCUGGCCAAUGUCUUCCACGCCUCUGCCCUGGAGUGGGACACAGAGGGCAACCCCUUCGAUGUCAGCAUCUUUAACACAGAUAAGCUGAAGAACCCCAAGCUGUUUUACGCAGACCACCCCUUCAUCUUCCUUGUGAAAGACAACAAGACCAAAUCCAUCCUCUUAAUUGGCAGGCUGGUCCGGCCAAAAGGGGAAAAAAUGAGAGAUGAGUUGUAAUUCUGGUAAAGGUCUUUGGUAACACGUGUUUGUGUGUGUGUGUGUGUGUGUGUGUGUGAGCUAGGGUUUCUCUGUGCACUUGUGUGUAUGUGUGUAUGUAUGUGCAUGAUUGAUGGGUAAAGAAACAUGAAUGUAGAGAUGUCUGUUACCUCUUGAGCUCAUUCCAUUAGAUCACAUGUGGACUGACAUCUGGGUCUAUUACCUGAUUCACAUUUCAGAAAGUUAGUUUUGCUUACCUCGGUGUUAUGUAUUUUUAACCUUUAAUGAUAUGUGUCAGAAACAAUGCAUUUCUAAAACAUUUUGAACUCCAUGCGUCACACAGAAGUUCAAAGAACCAUCCGCUAUCAUGUGACUUGUUUACCUGUUUAAUGGCAGAUCACAUGACUGACAAUAUGCUUACAUUAAGUAUGAUUUCUCUGAUAAUAUGUGUUGAAUCUUAGACUAUCUUUAAUGUUUAAAGCAGAAUUGUUUUUACACAUGUUAUGUAAGAUUAUCUGGUUGUAGUACUCACAAUGUUAGACAAGCCAAUAAUUCCCUCCUGGCUUCCAGUAGCCAUAACAUUUGUUUUGUUUUUUAGUUAUUGGACAUCUGCAGGAUAUUUCACAAAGCAGGAUUACUGAGUUAGCUGGAUAACUGAGUGAGUGAAACUCAGUUGCUGAGUGGUUUUACUCAGGGGAGUUCUCCAGCUAACUCAGUAAUUCUGCUUCAUGAAAUACGUCCCUGCACUGAAACUGCCAGUCUGCACUAGUCUGCCUGCAACUAAAAGGUUAUGUGUGAGUAAGGUGUUUGACUCAGUAGAUGAUGUUCCGCAUCUUCAUACUGUGUCAGGUCAUGUCAUUUCUCUGUCAUUCUAUAGCCACACAAACUCUUUGGGAAUAAUUUGAUAAUAUGUGUGUUUGUUUCUCUUUUUUAUUGUCAAGAAAAUGUGUGUCCAGGUAUUUACAGUGGGCUUAUUUUUAUGUGAAGGGUUAACUGUUAGUUAAAAGACCAAUCUCUCCACUAAUGCAUUUUCUUACCAAGUCAAAGACACCAGUGACUGUAAUGUAAUGUCAGCAGCUUUUAACUGCUCUAAUCAACCUAAUUUCAUUCUAACACUGCAAUGUUAAUGUUGGCUAUUUUACCUUUUUUGAGAAGUUACAUGUUAAACUAGUCCGUAUCAGCUAUUUAAUGAAAUCAUUGGUAUGAAAAACACGACAAAUUUUGGACUAAUUAUGUACCGUUAUAAUGACAUUAAAUGGUUAUUUCCCCAGUUCUCCAAAUUGCUGUGGUAAAACAUUUUCAUGUCGGGCGGGGUGCGCACAUAGUUUGAGCCUGGUUCAAUACAAAUGCAGUGUGUGUGUGUGGACUGAUCUUGCAAUCGCAUUUGUAAGACCUAGCAGUACAGGAAACUACGCUAAAAACAUGGGACAGUCUGAAAAUGAACUGCCGUUCAUUGGUAUCAAAAGGCCUUAUAUAAAUAAAAAAACAGGACAAAUCCUAAAUUAAAUGAAUAAUCAAGAUGAUCUACGCCAAACGUUAGAUUAUUGCCGCUUUUGUGUCAUUUCUCAUAAAGCCUGACUGUGUUUCAUCAAUAAUGACAUCUAAAGUCCUGUACGCAAGGGAUUAAUAUUGCAGGACAACGUUAGUCAUGUAUUUUUUAUCAUUGCAUGAGUGAUUUCAGUGGCCGAUCCGCACA